AUGCUGGCUUCUUCAUGCGAAGCACUCUCGUCGUUUCGUUCAUCUUUCUCUCCCUCCAACCCCGCGACUUCCCCUCUCCUCUCCCUCCUCCACCUCUCGUCUUCCCUCUCCUCUCCCUCCACCUCUUGUCUUCCCCUCUCUUCUCCCUCUACCCCCAGCGGCACCAAUCGCCACCACAAGCGCGCAGCAGCAUAUCUAGUCAAGGCCGUGUCGCGCCACGCUGGCGCUGAGCUGGCAGAGGCGGGCGUGCUGCCGUUGCUGACGGAGUGCCUUCUGGAUGCCAUGCUGGCGGUGCGGGAGACUGCUGCGUGCGCAUUGGGCCACGUGGCGAAGCACAGCGGUGACCUGGCGAUGAGAGUGGUUGAGACGGGUGCAGUGCGGUUGCUGGUGACAUGCCUUCAGGUGGGGUUCACAACAGCAUUGGGACCUGGACGAGGCUGUAGCGCGGAUAGCCUCUCAGUGCUGACUGACGUGGCACGCCACUCGCUGCUGCAUGCUACAGCCGUGGCCGAUGCGGGCGGCAUUACCGCCGCCGUCUCUCUGUUGGGAUCACCUGACGUCAAGACAAGGCGUCAGGUGCUGUUCUCAUAUGCCUGUUGUUUUGAACGACUCGAACCUCGUCCCAUGUAUCCCAUUGCCCACUCCCUGAACCCCUCUGUGAUCACGGCUCCUUCUGCUCUGCACCACCACGCUUGCACCUUCCUUCCUCCUAACCCUGCACGUGCCCUUCACUUCUCUCUCUUUUUAACCGCUCUGCACCCUUGUGCCCCUUUCUGCUUCCCCUGUCUCCCACCCAUCUGCACCCCUCUGCACUUCUUACAGGUCUGCGUCUGCCUUUCUACCAUCGCCAGGCACUCUGAAUCCCUCGCCCUGCAAGUGUUGGACCAACCAGGAGCAUCUCGCCUGCUGCUCUGCCUGCACGACUCAUCCCCUUCCCUGCGGGCGUCAGCAGCAGCGGCGGUGAGGGAGGUGGCGAGGCAGGGACCGGCAGCAGCAGCAGGCCGGCUGGUGGGCAUGGGGGGCAUUGGGCCGCUGCUGGAUGCUGUAGGCACGUGGAGGGACGAAGGGGAGGGGGAGGGCAUGACCAAGGCUCCGCCAAGGGGCAUCAGCAGCAGCGACGGAGAGGAAAGGGCAGCAGCAGGCAGGCUGGUGGGCAUGGGGGGCAUCGGGCUGCUGCUGGAUGCUGUGGGCACGUGGAGGGAUGCAGGGGAAGGGGAGGGAGCAGGGGAGGGGAAGGGGAUGACGAGAGGCUCUGGUAAAUGGUGGUGGCCCUCGGCUUCCUCGCAGCUUCCUCCCGAUGCAGCGCUGGCAGUGGUGGCAUCGGACGGCAUAUCCCCGCUGCAGGAUCUCAUAGUGGAGGGCGACGCUGACGUCACCUCAAAGGGGCCUGCGCGUGUGGCGCUCUCCCAGAUGGCUUCCCAUGGGUGA